AUGAGAACAACCCAAAGUAGGCAGAAGAGCUACCAUGAUAGAAGAAGAAAGGACCUUGAAUUUGGUGUAGGUGAUAAUGUAUUCUUGAGAGUCACUUUGUGCACUGGGGCUGGCAGGGCGUUGAAGUCCCAUAAGCUUACACCUAGAUUCAUUGGUCCCUUUGAAAUCCUAAAGCAUGUCGGCCCAAUUGCGUAUCAAGUGGCCUUACCACCAUCUCUCUCAAAUCUCCAUAGUGUCUUCCAUAUUUCUCAGCUCAGAAAAUAUGUUCAUGAUCUGUCGCACGUGAUCGAGUUGGACAACAUCCAAGUGAAAGAGAACUUGACAUAUGAAACAUUGUCAUUGAGAAUCGACGACUGUAUGGUCAAACAACUAAGAGGGAAGGAGAUUCCCUUGGUCAAAGUGGUAUGGGGGAGUGCUUCAGGCAAGGAUGCCACCUGGGAACUAGAGGGUCAGAUGCAUGAUGCAUAUCCUACCUUAUUCAAUACUGCCAAAGGAGAAGCUCUAGAGAGCACCAGAAAUGCCACCAUUGCUAACAGGGAACGCUUGAGUGACUACAUCGAGGUAAGGGAUGAGUUAGUCACGCUUAGGGAUUAG